AAAAUAUGUCUUCCUUUCUGAUUGGUUUUAAACAUUUCUGCUGGUGGGUCCCCUGGAUGUUUGCAAACUAGUUACCCUGAGCUGAGUCCGUAGCAUCCCCAGGGCAGGACCGGAGGCAGAUAGCAAGCUCUUCCUAGAGUUAAAAGGCAUUACGGAGUUUCAUAAUAGGUUGCAGUUUCCCUGGGUCUCCAAUUACCGUGGUUCCCCUUUGAUUAAAGCAAUGUGAUUAGAGACCACUUGCCCCUGAACAUGUUCUGUACGGAUCCCCUCAGAGGUCUCUCCCAGGUCUCCAGCCUCCCUCCCUCUCACACCCAGCUCCUCCUGCAGUGAGUGAAGUUCCCACUUCAAAGUACUCUGGCUGCCCUGGGACUGGGGGACACAUUGCCUAUUCGGUUACCAGCUCUCACGCCAGGGCAAAGCACUUCUCUACAGUGUUUUUCUCUCUAAAAACGCAGUGAGGUGAUCAGUGUUAGAACUGUGGAGGCGGGAGCACCGCCCUCCUCCAACUACAAUAGGACUUCCAAGCCUGGGGCCGCGGUGCACACCCGUAAUCGCAGCUCCUCCCAAGGCUGAGGCUGGACGGUGACCUCAGCAACUUAGCAAACGCCUGUCUCAAAAUAAACAAAAGGUCAGUCAACUAAUUUGAAGUUCCACGUUUCAGUGCUACUAUUUAAAGGAAUCUUGCCAGGCAUGGUGGUCCACGCUUGUAAUCCCAGCACCCUGGGAGGCUGAGGCAGGAGGUGCAGAAGUGCUGGUUCAGCCUGGAUCUCAGCAACUUAUGGAUACCAUGUCUUAAAAAAGGGCUGGGGAUGCAGGUUGAUGUGAAGGCCCCGUGCUCAACCCAUUACCGUGGGGAAGAAGGGGGGCAUCCAAUUUAUUAUUUUAGGGUGUGUGUGCGAGCAUGUGGUUUAUAAGAUCCAUUAUGAACGCAAACGAGCUGGCUACUUGAGAACUCUUUUAGAAAGCUGAUUUCUCAAUCAUACGCUCUACCACCUGCAAACCAAUCCCCAGUCCUCUCUUCUCAGCUGUUCCCAGGACCACCCUUUCUGAGUGAGAGAGAGGCCUGCACACCCUCCUUCUUGUCCAUACUUGGUUACCAGAUCACUGUCUCUAGUCCCUCCUACUUGGGAGGCUGAGGCAGGAGAAUGAUUUGAACCCAGGCGUUCAAGCCCAGCGUGCUGAGAAAGUCUCCACCGCAUCUCAAUCCCUCUUCUUCGGUCAUUGUCCCCCACUUGACACCACGCCGGAUUAUGCCGUCCUCCCAUGUCACAGCCCUCUUCAGAGCCAUCCUGACACCUCCGUGGGGUAAAAUUAACGUCCUUUGCAAAGCAGCCCCUGCAUUUCCCGCCCCUGCCGACUCCCGGUCACACCUGGCGCUCCUGGUCUGCGGCCUGACGACGCCGGUUCACCCCCGUGGCCCGGCCCGCCGCUGCUCCUGCCUGGGGAGCUCGGCCGCCGGCUCGCGUCAGCCUGGCCUUCUCUGCAGGAUGCUAUCAGCCUCCGCGUUUGCUUCCCCACUUCCCCUCUUCCCUAGUCUCUUCCCACCUCCUCCGAGACGGCUUCCCUGUCUCGAACUCGGCUCUCUGUCUUGCUCUUUAAACCGUCUGUAUUUGGGUCUCCCGCACCAGAGCUACUGCGCCGUAUCUGACUUUCUGGCGACUAACCUACGUCCCUUGAGUUCAGGUCUCCGGACGCGCCCGCUUUCCUCUGGCCGACCCGCGCUCGGUGCUGUGCGGCCGCACGUCUUCUCUGCCCGCCUUGUGGGUGGACACGCGGGCCAGGUCCCCGAGGCGGCCCCUGUGCGCCCCAAGCCUCCCCACCAGCCCGGGCAGCAGCAGGGGCGGGGACGUUACCGGAGGAGUACGCCCGCGAGCCGCAGACCCCUGGCGCCCUCGCCUCGGGACACGCGGUGAGCAGGAGCUGGCGGGCGGCCGAGGCCUCUGCGUAGUGGGUGCCGCGCUCCGUGCUAACGUCCUUGACAACGUGAGGUCGACCCUGUUCUCCCGGCUCUUCCGCGUCGGCUUUUGUCAGUGCACACUGGUCAUGUGGACUGUGGGGUUUCAUUCUCGCAGCUUCCCACACGCGUGUGACACACGUGUCCUUAUCCCCUCUGCCCGCCCUUUCUGCCCCGCAUUUUACAAAUGAGGAAUCUACUGUCCGAAGAGGUCAGCUAGUGAGUAGAGACGCCAGGAUCAGAUCUGGGUCUAACUUCACAGCCUACAUACUCUUUGUUGUGUUUUAUUUUCCUAUAUUCACUUUUUUCUUUUUUUGAAAUCGGGUCUCACUAAGUAGC